UAUCUACACACAUACAAACACACCUACAAGAGCAAGAAGUGAGGACUUGUGGCUCCCCGUCCCGGAAAAGACCGUCUGCAUCCUGUCGGACACAAGAGUCAGAAACCAUGAUCAAACGCAAACUAAACUUCAAGUGGUUUGGUAGUCUCACCAACCUCCGGCGGAAAUCAGACACCCAGAAGGACGAUGCCAAAGAGGUGUCCACCGAUGACAUGGGCAUGCAUCCACGGAGCCCGAGCUACGCCAGCUCCAGUGAAAUGUACACGCACAUGGGCACCAUGCCGCGUCACCCGAAGAAGGACAAAAGCUUGAAGAAGAGCAAGUCCAAGGACAAGACCAGCCUCAGUCGGAGUCAAAGCAUGAGACCUCCACAGGACCAUGUAGUUGAUUCCCCACUUCUCAGCGUACUCUCUGGGAAGGGCCUGGAGGCCCUGGAGAACCCCAUCUUAGAGGACAAGCCAGCUGUAGGAACCAGAGAUAAUCACAUUCAGAAUCGUGAACUUCCACCUCCACCAACUAUGGAUGGACACUCAGCAAAGCAGGAAGAUGAAGAUAAGGAGCCAGUAGAUGACUCCAAGCUACAUGUUGAUCCACCAAAUGCAUGUCUGGGAACAUCACCAGAUCUAUGUCAGAGCAAAGAGCCAGAGGUCCAGCCAGUGCUGCCCAAGAAGAGACAUAAAGAAGGAGACACCUCCAUGAAGGAUGCUGAGGCGCUCCAGGUGGACAAUAACUUGAUUCAGUUACCUCUGAAAAUCGGCAGUCAGGUGGAGCAGAAGCAAGCAGCAUUGGAAGAUGCUAAAAUAGGAUCAGACUGUAAACAAGACAGUCAGGAAGAAAAAGAGCCUACCAGACAGCUGGACACCACAGACAACCAAGGAGAAUAUGUGGAAUUCUCCAAGGAGAAGUACCUGCUGGAGUCGCCCCCGGAGAAACUCAGGAAGGAGCUGGAGGAGGAGCUCAAACUCAGUAGCAGUGACAUGAGGAGCCACGGCUGGUACCAUGGCCAUAUUCCACGAGAGGCCUCAGAAACUUUGGUUCUGCGUAGCGGUGACUUCCUCGUACGGGACUCCCUGUCAAGCGUGGGCGACUAUGUCCUCACGUGUCGCUGGCAGCAGGACGUGAUCCACUGUCGGAUCAGUAAAGUCCUGGUCAAAAGCGUGCAAACCAAAAUCCAGUACAUGCUGGAGCAUGAGAGCUUCGACUCUGUCCCCAUGUUGGUCAGGCACCAUGCUGGCACGGGUCGACCUGUGUGCCCACGCACUGGAGCCCAGCUGCUGUGUCCGGUCAACCGAAUGCUGCCGCUGAGGUACCUGGAGGCGACAUUUGCUUUGGCUGGUGGGAGACCAGGAUCUGCACAUUCACCAUCGACCCAGAGGGGGGCGCACAUCAAGAGACGAAGUGUUACCAUGACGGAUGGACUGACCACAGAGAAGAUCAUUCCUCACAGUGCAGCCCAGCCUACAGAGCCAGAUGAGCCUCAGACAGUCGAGCCAGAGGUGAAACCAGCGGAGGGCAGCAGCUGUCCCUCUACAGUGCACCAUAAGGAUGCCAUGAGGAACUGCGCCAUGAGCAUGGAUCAAAUCCAAGAGUACCGCUGCCCGCUAUCCCCUGCCUACAGCUCCAUCUCCCGCCACAGACAUGGCUCAGGUGGGCGUGUCCUCGCCGUGAUCCCGCCUUCUCCAGUGAUGCGGCGCUCCAGCGAUCCACAUCUCUCGCCAUCCUCCUCCAAUAACAACCUUCCCUGCUCAGACAUGCCCCCCAGCACCCACUGCACGCCUGCCCACGGUUACCCGUCUGAGAGUUCAGAGCAGGGCGGCAGCUACUGUGAGCUGAGACCCGGUCAAGCUCCCAUUCCUCCCUGCAAGAGCUACGUAGAGAGGCUGAGGGUGGAGGAUGGCCAAAGUCCGGACUCUGGAGCCCCAGAUGGGGUGGAGGGCUUCAUGCUCCCCCUGAUGGAGACCAGCUCCUCCUUCAAGCCUGGGAAAUACCAGUCGACUCUUCUGCCAGCCGAGAAUAAACCUCUGGAGAUGAGUGUUUUGAAGAGGGUGAAGGAGCUUCUGGCAGAGGUGGAUCCCAAAACAGCCGCCAAGCACAUCACCAAGGCAGACUGCACGGUUGCUAGGAUACUGGGCGUUACCAAGGAGAUGCAGAGGAUGAUGGGAGUGAGCUCGGGGCUGGAGCUGCUGACUCUUCCGCAUGGACACCAGCUGAGGCUGGAUCUGCUGGAGAGGUUUUACACCAUGUCUAUAAUGAUGGCGGUGGAUUUGUUGGGUUGUACGGGCAGCACAGAGGAGAGAGCCGCCCUCCUGCAUAAAACCAUCCAGCUGGCUGCUGAACUCAAGAGCAACAUGGGCAACAUGUACGGAUUCGCUGCGGUCAUGAGAGCGCUGGAGCUGCCGCAGAUCUCACGGCUGGAGCAGACAUGGAUAACACUGCGACAGAGACACACAGAAGGCGCCAUCCUCUAUGAGAAGAAACUCAAGCCAUUCCUGAAGGCCAUGACUGAUGGGAAAGAGAGCUGUGUCCUCUCGAACACCUCUUUCCCUCACGUGGUGCCGGUGUUGUCGCUGCUGGAGCGCGGUGUGGCGGCAGGCGAGGCGCUGGAGUCCUGGGAGAGUGUGGAGUCUGGAGUGGAUGUGGUCAUGAGUCACCUGGAAGCAGCCCGAACCAUCGCUCACCACGGAGGACUGUAUCGCACCAACACUGAGAGCAAGCUUCAGGAUUUCCAGGAGCGGAAGGAGGUGCUGGAAAUCUUCUGUACAGAGUUUCAGAUGAGGCUUUUAUGGGGCAGCCGUGGCUCUGAAGGAAGCCAGGCCGAGCGCUAUGAGAAGUUUGACAAAGUCCUCACCGCUCUGUCCCACAAGCUAGAACCUCCUGUACGACACAGUGAAUUAUAGCACCCCCGCACCCACAAAUGGUAUGAUCCCUGACCUUCCUGUCACUCCUACUCCUGGACCGGACCAUGCUUUUUUGGGGGGAGCCGGAGAAUAUGACAAUGAGGGACUUGCUCUGCAAAACAAGGCACAAAAGGGGACAGGCUUUAUGCGAGCAUGAUAGCGCCUCCUAAAGAACACAGUCGUGAACUGCAGCAAUGGAAUGAAAUAAAAAUCUAAAGCCAAAAUCUCUUCUUCAGUGGUGAUCAAGGGCACUUCCUUUUCAAAAAGAGAGAAUGUGAUGAAGUGCACAUUGACUUUAACCCAAAUGGGUCUGAAUCCUGUUUAUUGUGAAUCCAUGAUUUAGUUUCCAUCAGCUUUUAUGUCGAUAAAAAGCAAAGAUGUCUUGCAGAAGUGACGUGUCUCUGUACCGGAGAUGAGACUGCAUUGACUUAACAUAGUCACGAUUUAUUGCUGGAAUAGACUGAACACACACUCACUUUCAAAUGUCUGAAUGUAAGUUGCCAAAUCAUGAAUUCAAACAGAUGUCUACUGGAUAAAGAGUCUUAUUUUUAUGCGCAUUUUUUGGGUUCACUUCUGUGUUUUUUCGCUGUUGUCAUGGCUUUAUCGAUAGAAAUGGAGUCGACAGUUACUGUGAGGAAUUGGGCCUUCAUUUUUAAUGAGUGUCUUAACAGAUGCUCACAUUCACACUCUCUCCAGGUCUGACAGCAUUGCUUCUCAGAGCGCUUUGGUGUCUGUAUGUGUUAGAGAAGAAG